GCACAAGCCAUGUGGAAAUAGUACGGCUGUGCAAUGUAUAAAAAGGGAAAAGGGCCGAUGUUGAUGCUGUUCAUCUGAGAUUAGCUCACAAAUAUCAUGACCAUGGGGAGGAUCAUAUUCUAUGAGGACCGCAACUUCCAGGGCCGCUCCUACGAGACCAGCAGCGACUGCCCUGAGCUCACCUCCUACCUGAGCAGGUGCAACUCCUGCAGGGUGGAGAGCGGCCUCUUCAUGGUCUACGAGAAGCCCAACUUCAUGGGCCAGCAGACGCUGGCGAGGAGGGGCGAGUACCCGGACAACCAGCGCCUCAUGGGCACGAGCAUGAGUGACUGCAUCAGAUCCUGUCGCAUGAUCCCCACGCACAGGGGACCCUUCAGGAUGAGGAUCUACGAGAGGGAGAACUUCAGCGGCCAGAUGCACGAGCUGCUGGACGACUGCGAGAACAUGAUGGAUCGUUUCCGCCUGGCCGACUUCCAGUCCUGCAACGUGAUGGACGGCCACUGGCUGAUGUUCGAGCAGCCCAGCUACAGAGGCAGGGUGCUGUACCUCCGGCCAGGGGAGUACCGGAGCCUCCGGGAGGUGGGGCUGAGCAACCCGAGGAUCAGCUCCAUCAAGCGCAUCACGGACUCCUGUUAAGACAAGCGCUAAAUGUACCGAGUGGGAAAAUAAAGCAAGCUGAAGUCCAAA